UCAGUAACAAGCCACGAAGAUAGACCAAUUUUAGGUGCAUUAAUAGUUGAAGAGCUGAGACAGUUUUCAGCUUCAUCUUCACCGCGGAAGUCACCCAGUAGAAGCCCCGAUGAGAUGGCCAUAAUUGGGACUGUUGGGAGCUACUGGAAUGAUCACACUGGUCCUGCCAAGGGUUCUAGCGCCUCCUCUUACAAAGGAAUACCAAACACGACCAGCAAGUACAGAGAGGAUAGAAGAGUCAACUGGCACUCUACCCCAUUUGAGACACGGCUGGAAAGAGCUUUGAAUAGAGGUGCUGCAGAUGCUUACUCUUCUUCUCGUACGCCUCAUGGUUUGUGAGAUUGUUUUGUGAUUGUUG